CUUUCAACAUUCGCCCAACUCCACUAGAGUUGGAGCAAAAACACUUCUUUCUACGCACUUGGGUCUCUUUGCUUAGACGACUAAGUUGGGGAACGUAUGGCCAUGGAAUUGGCUAUGGAGCUGGAGCUUGAAGAUGAUGUCUUCUUUGCUGACAUAAGCAAGCAGAUCUCUCUUCUCAUCAUGGAUGAAGAUGACGAGCAAGACCCUGUUUCUGUUUGCUCUUCUGUCUCUUUCCAGGGUUUGUUGGGAGGGAAUUACCAAACUGCAUCUGCAGGUGUUGGGGUAUCUCCAUAUGCGUAUGAGCAGAGCUGCAGGACAAGAGAGAGCAAAGGGACAGGAGUGUUCAUCCCGAGAUCUUCUUCUCAGCCACGAAGGAAACAACAUAGCCAGAAGCAAGGAAGGUUCAGCUCCUUCAAUCCAAAGCCGCAAUCUCACCAGCAAAGGCAGUUUCAGCAGCAGCAUGACAACUCAAGAACUCUCGUCUACAACAGCAACAGUACUGUCCAUGCUUCUAACCCAAGAAAAACCUACAGAGAUUCGGCAUCAAUCUCCACUUAGCCAGUUCUAAAAGAUCCAAUCAGAAGAUGCUAAUAAUGGUAAUGGUAUGCUUUUCAUAUGUAAUAUAUAAAACAUAUAAGAUCUAUUCGUUUGUAAAUCAGCAAUGAAUAAGGACCAUCAACAUCAAGGAGGAAGCAAAGGGCUUGUUGGUCGUUUAUCCAAAAGGGUUCUUGAAAGAUUCAAGCUUUACAUGAUUCAUCAAUGGUUGUGUAAUAUUUUUCACUGUCUUCUUAGUGUUUCACUGACUGUUCCUCUUGUAAUA